CACCAUGGCUGGUCGCUGUCUUAUUCUCGCUAUCAGUGUUGUGUCACUAUUUAAUAGUGUCCGUGGACAGGUAAUAUCACGUGGGUCGUGUCCAACUGUCGUGGUACAACCAGACUUCAACGUUGACAAAUAUACCGGUUGGUGGUACGAGAUUGAACGAUUUCCAGCCUCGUUUGAAACUGGUCUGAAAUGCAUUAAUGCAAAGUACUGGCUGAAACAAGACGGCACUAUUGGGGUAAUUAACAGUGGGACAGACAUCGAGACCGGUAAACAAACCUCGACCGAAGGCGAUGCAUGGGCGCCAGACCCAAACGUGCCGGCUAAGUUGAAAGUGAAAUUCAGUUCGUGGAUGCCGGCAGGUGACUACUGGGUUCUGAAGACUGACUACGAUACUUACUCUGUUGUGUACUCGUGUGACGAUUUCAUAUUCGGAUUCGUCAAAAUGGAAUAUGCUUGGAUUCUAAGCCGUGAUCGCACCCUAAAUGCUCGUACCCUGACAAAAAUAAAAAAAGAUGUACAAGAUCGUGGUAUUGAUAUCAGUAACUUCCUAUUCACUAACCAAACUGGUUGUGAUGCUAAAGAUAACACCUUGAAAUAUAAGCCCUUGGACGAGGGUCAGUCUGUCACCAAUACCUAGAAGCCCGAAGUUGUAGAUUUCAGAACACUUUCAUUAUUUCGCACUCGAAGGAGAUCUCUUGACGUCACGGCUGAGUUAGACCCCCCGUCCAGUCUGUCAAUUACGUUUGCUACACUGCUUAUUACUUAUUAUGCACAGCGGCAAGAGACUGGAAUUAAGUAAGCGCCACCAUUGAGUUUUACAAGCGGAAUGCUAUUUAUUUGUUUUUGUUUUUUUAGUAAUGUAUGUGUUGAUUUUCAGUAAAUAUUAUGGAUUCCACAGUCGAUCACAAUUAAAAAAGAACGGAUAUCCCAA